UGCCUUAGUUCGUUUCAUUUCGUUUCGCUGCCGCAUUAAGAGCCGCUUUUCGCUUCGGUGCGUCUGCGAUGGGGAAGGAGAGCGCCGAGCGCCGAGAAGGGUGCGGAGAGGGGGUGGCGAAAGGCGGGAGAAAGGCAAUGGAAGGGGCGAGGAAGGAGCUGCGGUAGAAGCCGGAACUGGCCGCUAACGCAUCGCAACGCAAUGCGGCGACGAAAGUUGCGCCGCUUUUUUGGGCUGGCCAACAAAAAACCAGACGACUCCAAAAGAAAUGAGAGAUGAAGAAGAAAAAUGCGCGUUGUAAAAAGAAGCUAAACUGCAGACGCAGGCGGAAGAAGAAGCGGCGGCAAAAGUAGCAACCUUCGAGGAUGUCCAGUUUCAUUCCAGUCCCGGUCGUGAAAAUGCCGCGCAACUCGUUUCGCAAUAAAGAGAAAGUGUCCAGCGGAUCGCGCUGUUCGUUCUGGCGAUCGUAAAGAAUAAAUUUGCUGGCUAUUAAAAUGUUUCCUGUUUCCACUCACCGCUCGCCAACUCCCCCCUCCCGCAUCCACCACUGCCAGCACACACUACCCCGAAAAUUUCGCUCUCCGCGGCGAGAAAGUUGCCUGGAAAUCAGGAAAUCUGGAAAUCUGCAUCCAUGCGACAAGUGAAAACAAGAUGCAGCCAAAAAUACCUACUCCUCUUCUCCACACUCUAUAUAUUUCCAUGCAUCUUUCUAUAUACACAUAUAUAGAUAUAUACAUUUGUGCGCACUGGAAGGCGUUGACUGGACUUGACUGGCAAACGGACGUUACAGUUGAUAAGAGCGAUUAACUCACCCGCGCUCUUGGAAAGAGAGCAAGCGACUGAUUAAGUUCCAAUAUUAAUUUACUGGAAGAGAUGACAUCGCCUUGGAAACCCGCUAAACUCUCGAUGCCAGCGAUUGCAGGAAGUAGUGGAAAGCUGGAUGCUAAUGUCGCAUUUUGCUCGCGGAGAUGGCGCAGUGCCAUCGACAACAGUACCAGCUACAGCUCAACGGAGAUCGAGCGUCUGAGCCCACCGGAAGAUUGACGACAAUAAACAAUUAUAGCUCACCGUGAUCCGGAAUAAUGCCAACGAUCAUGGGCAGGAAUGGAUCGCUCCUGCUGAUCGCCGUGCUCUUAAUCAUCCUGGAUGUUUGGCUCACACCGGUGGGUGCCAACCUGUGGACACGACACAAUAGCAAUGCCUAUCAAACCAGGAGGCGCUCAGGUCCCAGCAAUCGGUGUCCCAAGGUGGGCGCCAUUAAAAACUUCGAUUUGGAACGCAUGAUGGGCUGUUGGCACGUGGUUCAGUAUUACGCAUCCACAGAGGAACUUCCGGAAUACGCGUGCAUGCGCAGUCACUUUUCGUUCUCCAAAGAGGAUCAACAUAUAACGAUGAACUUUAGCUACAUAUUCGCGGAGGAUCCGCUGCGCGAGAAGCUCGUGGGCAACAUCACCUGGAUGAUACCCAAAUUCCAAGAGCCAGGACAUUGGCAGCACACGGAGGACAUAUAUGAGGGCAUCUACAACACGUACGUUCUGGACACGGAUUACGACACCUGGGGCCUGGUGAUGCACUGCGCCGAGAAGAAGAAACAACCGCGUUACCUGUCCGCACUGCUUUUGUCCCGGAAAACAUCUCUGGCCGACAACGAGAUUAGCUUCCUGCGCGGCAAAUUGCCGCGGGAUAUUGACACAUCCUUUAUGUUCGACAUCGGCCAGGAAUCGUGCGACAACCUUAUGGAAUCCAGUCGUGACGAUCCGCUGGCUUAUGUGGUGAAUGGACGCCAGAGAGCGAAGGAAAUCUUCAAGAUUGUCAAUAAGCUGUGACGGGGGGCACAUGCACAUAAUUAUAGACGUAUUAUUAGUCUAAAUAAUCACAUAAGAAAAAAUAAUAUACCAAAAACCGAUUUAUUUUGUCGAUAAUAACGUUUUUUUUAAAAUGUACUUUCAAAACUUUCAACCCAGUGUGACCAUACAACUGAUACAAAAUAAUACCCAAUUGUAAUAGUCAGACCAAAUUGCUAUACGUAACCAAUAAAUCGAUAGAUAAAUAGUGAGAACAGCAA